UGGAUUUCUCAAUGACGUUUACCUACACACUUUGUAAGGACUGUUUGUCAGUAUGUAGACGUCAUUAGGACCCAUGGGAGUCGAACUGUCGGCUUGGGCUGGGUACAUGAAACAGUGUUGACGAGUGUUGCCGUUCGAGACGGGAUACCACUGAUGUCUUUGAUUUAAUAUACUCACUUUACAUUGAUCAGUAGGACCUAGAAUUAGAAUAUCGCGUGUUGACGAUCCAGUCUUUCCUCAAACAAUUGAAUGUUUCGCAGAUCAGUCGAAGUGUCAUGUGAGUACUAACUGAUUUUCAUUAAGUGAAACAUAAGCCAAUAUAUUGACAUUUUUCGCAACAUCUGAGACAUAUUGGCAUUGGAUAUAUACUUCAGGCGUGUGCAGGGACAUACAGCGUAUCUAUAUAACACACAAUAGAAGGCUAAUACAGUCAUAUCUGCCGUCGUUUUGCACUGGCCGUUCCAUCAAACAGCCGGUGACAAAGGACCAUGUAAAGUCUGGCACACCAGUGGUUAAUUAUAUCAUUGCAAUUCCAACAUAGAAGGACGUUUUCCUAAUAAUAUAAAGGUAUUGUUCGUCAAUGCAACAGUCUGUGGUAAGGUUUUAGUUCUGAUUUCCUCAAAGAUUGAUACAUUAUUUGGUGUUGGACAGUUAUAAAGUGAUACAAUAUCACUGCUCUAGUGCUUUAAUGAAGUGAAUUCUAACAUUUGGACCAAAACAUUGGAAACCUUUGUUAAAAUGCGUAGAACCGCAAAGGAACGACGCACCGAGAACUAAGAGGGAUGUGAAGGAAUCCAAGGAUAUUUGAGUGAUUUUCUCUUUCACGGGAUCGAUGUAAGACAUUUUAAUGAAUUAAAAUAAAUAACGAGAUAUAUCAAUUAUUAUCAUUAGUUAAAUUCAAACAGAUUGAUUCACUUCAUAAGAAUCCCUGACUUUUUCACAGUGGGUUUUGGAUUGUAAUAUUACAACUGUAACACGUCUUUGUGUGGGACAAGUCGGUGUAACAGGAAUGGGUUGCGGUUCGAGUCAGGAGGGGGCCAAUUGUAGAUUCAACCUUAUCACAACCUUCCAAGGUCACAGUGAUGGCAUAAACUGUAUGGCUUUAAGUGAUAAUGGGUUCAUCCUGGUUACGGCAGGCGAUGACAAGACCGGUAAGGUGUGGGAUGCCCGGUACGGUAAGGGUUUCCGGAGAAUGGGCGAGCUCGUCGGACACACUGGCUAUAUUUCAUGUAUUCUCAUUGUCGGAGAAUAUAUUUUGACCGGAAGUAGUGACAAAACAGUCCGGAAGUGGGAUGUUGAGAACAAUUUCCAAUCAAUCAUUGUCUGCAAAGGACAUAUUUCGUUAAUUCACAGAAUGAUUUGUACGGGAGACUUCAUCUUUACCAGUAGUUUUGACCACACGUCCAGGUGUUUCGAUUUUGACACAGGUGAGUGCUUACGAGUAUUCAAAGGACACAAGCGUGCCACAUAUCCUCUCGUGUUUAUCCCUACUUUAGACGAGGACGACGAGGCCAACGAGGACAACGAGGAGCAGAGCAUUGAUACAUCCAUUGGGAUGCUGGUGACGGGGUCAGCUGACGGGACAGCAAGAACAUGGAACUGUGAUACUGGUCGAACUAUUAAAAUCUUCAAAGGUCACAAAGGGCCUAUAACGUGCAUGGCAACAGACGAUUCGCGAACAUUGCUUGCGACCGGAAGUGUAGAUACAACUGUCAACAUUUGGAAGAUUUCAUCGGCGGCCCUUUUGAAGACUUGUAAUGGACACACAAACACGGUCGUAUGUCUCCAGUUGUCUGGUCACCUGCUUUACACGGGAAGUUCGGACGGGACUGUCCGGGAGUGGUUGUACAAGUUUGGGGAGUGUUCCGCGGUGAUGAAGGGACACACCCACACGGUAUCCAGUGUCAGGGUGGAGACGCUUAGUGAAGAGGACGCCGCCGGUCAUAUUAACACCAAGCGUACAGUAUUCACCGGGUGUGGCGACACACUUGUCCGAGCGUACGAUCCCGACACGGGGCGUCUCUUACGGAGCUUCUCUGGUCACGAGAAGGGGAUCACAGCAAUCAAGGUACACAGGGGUAUGCUCUAUAGCGCUUCCUAUGACGGCACAGUCAAGCUCUGGCACGCCUUCCAAGUCCCUAUAGAGGAACCCAACAACAAUGGCGGCACGCAGCAGAUACGCCGCUCACCUGACGAGGGAGGUCGCAACUCCCAGCGCAAGAAAGACUGACUUAUGGCUCUUAAGGAUACAUAAUCACUGUGAUGAGUUUAUUUUAGCAGAACAUUUUUCAUCACUUUGUUUUGAGUUUACAAUUGAUAAAUACAACGUACCCGAUUUUGAUAAAUCUUUGUAUAACAGUCUGUUUGAUACCAAGGUGUCUUCGGUUGUGAUGGACGUUGCUAUCACGAAGAUCACAGCCUCUGAGCAAGGCAAAGUGACGGUACCCUGUUAAUGAGAAUGACGAUGCAUGGUAGCGGCCCUGGGAAAGAAUGUUGCAUUAAACGUGGUAUGGAUGUGGCGGUAUAAGUGGCCGUGCUGAUUUUUGGGGUUUUUAUCUUACAUUUCAGUAUUUGCUUCUCUGCCCCCAAAGGCGAUGAUAAAUCAGACGGAAUUAGUCACCAUGGGUACAUUUACUUGUAUAUUACUUUUAAUAUGUUCGACGUGAUUACAUAUCGACAAAUGCCCAUCUAUGUAAGAUAUAACCCACCUCGGAGAUUCUCUUUCUAUACAUUGAUAACGCCCGAUAUAGGUUUGGAAUAUUUUCAUAUCAUUAUAAUGAUAAUAUAUUUAUGUAUGUAAGCCCGGUACGGACUGCGAACUCCGAUUGUUAUACUCUCCGUUGUUAUACUCUCCAAUGUCAUAACGUAUUCAUUGUUGGUUAUUUGU